UGUUUGUUUUCUUGUAUGCGUGCUCGUGAAUACAUAUGUUAAGUUUACCGGGUAACCGGAAAUUGAUACGUAGUUACCUGGGUAACUGAUGAUGAUCAAAAAUCAUCAUCAUUAGUUUAUGAUACUGGAUCAAAGAAGACCGCAAUUUUUGUUGCCAAUGUUUUUCUGUUGCUGUUGGUGCUGUUGUCGUCGUCAAAUCAACAAUCAAAUUUGAUUAUGCAUAUCGUUAUCAACAUGAUGCACAAGAUGCACGUACAGCUGAAUAUCGUUUUGUUAAAUAUUUUAAUCUUGUAAUGGCAAUCGCAUAUCUAGUAUCAUCGGUAUGGAUUUUUAUUUUCAUUUUCGAACAAGCUGAUUGGGAAUACAAUCUAACGUAUGAGAAUGCUCGUCGAUAUUCUGCGGUCACUACAUGGAAAUGGUGGACAGUUACAUCGGUCAUAGUGGCCGAUCUACUCGGUUUAAUGUUUAUUGUACGUGGUAUUCAUGCUGAAAAUCAAUAUCAAUUGAUUACAUUAUCAAUAUUGUCAUAUGUGUUUGCCGUAUGGGGACUGGCUAAUGUAUAUCUACGUGGUUCAAUUGUUUGUUUUGUAUUUCCAUUUGCUGUGGCCACAUUAUCCGUUAUUCAAUUUUUAAUGCAACGUGAAGAGGAUAAAGAAUUCAAGAUUAGCCAAGAAUUACGUAUAAGACGUGAACCAAAACCAACAAUGGAAACAUUUCUAGAUGAUCAUGAACGUGCAUUGGAAAAACUUUAAGGGAAACAACAACAACAAAAA